ACGAAUGUCUGAAAAUCUGAUGUUAUCAGCGCCAUCUUGUGUUAUUCAUCUACUAUUUUACACAUUUUGAGCAAUGAGCGAGUCCGCACGAAAUUUAGUAGCAGCAAUUUUAAGUAACGAUCAUCUAAUUAACACCCUGGCGAAUGCGUGUACGGGCCAAAAUACUGGCAACCGUACUCAACAUCGUUCUACUGAUGAAGAAAUGUAUUCGCUAUUUCACCGCGGAAGAGCGAAUGCGGUGAACUUCACAGCCCAGGACGUUCCUGCUCAUCAAGCAAACAUUACAGAAAGAAACAUGCCUUCUACCUCACAGGGACCACCCACAGCUAUCUACAAUCUUCGCCCGUUCACUCGAAAGGGCCCUAGACAUAAGAGUCAUGUUCUGAUGAAGACAGUAGCAACACAAACAAGAAUGAUUUCAAAGAAACAUUGGAUCCUGACAAAUGUGUCAUUGGUAGUGUGCCUGAUAUUUCCAAAGAAGUUGUUUCAGCCAUCUCCACUGUUGAAGUCCAGUGUCUCUCCAGUAAUACCCCUUCCAUCUCUGGUGGAGAUGAAGUUAUUUGGUGUAUUGACACUAAAGAUAUUUGCACCAAUGCACCACCCAUCUCAGCUGACAACCUCACCAUGUCUUCUGUUGCUGCUGCCAUUACUAUUGAUGAGACUCCUACCUUGUCUAGUGGAACAUCUGUCAUCUCUAGUGGCUACACCAACAUCUUUUCGAUUGGUCCCACUAUCAGUGGCACUGGACACACACCAUGCUUCUCUGCUAGCAACACCUCUGAGGCAUCCCAUAGUCCCACCCAAACCAAUGCACCCAGCACAACCUACAGUACAUACCUUGACCUAUUUGAGGAAGAAUACCUCUCUGAUGACGCUGAUCUCCAGGAAGCCAUAUCAAGGUCCUUAGAGUCCAGCACAAAUGAGAGUGAUUCAAGGAUGACUUUAGAGAGAAUAAUGGAGCAGAUUGGUUCGAGAGUAAAUAAUGACAGCAUUGUACGGUUCAAUAUCAUAAGAAGAAAUGUGUGGGAUGGAACAUCCAGAGCAAUGGGCAGAUCCAAUUUUUCACCCGAGAAGAAGGUGGAUGUUAAGUUUACUGAUGACUAUGGAACAUCUGAGGGUGCUGUGGACAAUGGAGGACCUACUCGGGAGUUUUUCCGACUCUGUCUACAUGAAAUCAAGGACAAAAUUGGCAUCUUUGAAGGACCAUCUAAUGCUAAAGUCCUCACAUGCAACUCCAAAGCGAUGAAAGACAAUGCAUACUUCUAUGCUGGCCAGAUCAUGGCAAUGUCAAUUGCCCAUGGGGGGCAGAGUCCAUGUUUCCUGUCUGAACUUAUGUAUGAGUGUCUUCAAAAGGGCCCUGACAAUGUAAAGGUCAAAACUGAAGAUAUUACUGAUGAAGAAACAAAGUCACAGUUGCAGUCGAUCUUACAGGCCCAGACUGAUUCACAACUACAAGAUGCAGUUGAACAGGCUGCUAGCUUAAUCAGUCUUGCUGGUCACAAUGUACGCAUAACACUGGAAAACAAACAGGAGACUGCUUUGGAUCUGGCUCAUUGGUAUGUCCUUCAGCGGACCCGUGCACCAUUUGAAAGGUUCAGAGAUGGCUUAACGUCUCUGGGUGUCCUAGAUGCUCUCCAAAACUAUCCUGUUCAGUCAAAGUGCCUUUUUGUGAAGGCUGAAAAGUCCUUAACCGCAAAUGAUGUGGAGAAUCUCUUCCAAAUCAUUCAUUCUGAAAGAGGGAGUAAUGCAUUUCAAGCAGAGUGCCGGACCCUGGCUUUCUGGCAAGACUAUCUUCAGGAUGCUGAAAUUGAAAACAAUGUCUCUCUGGAGGAUGUUCUUGUUUUCUUCACUGGAUGUGACAGCAUUCCAGCACUGGGUUUCUCUCCAAAGCCAAGACUUGAGUUCAUUACCUGUUCCCGAUUUCCAGUGGCCAAUACUUGUGAAAAUAUUCUACGCAUACCAGUUCAUGCAGUGUACACUGCUUUCAGAUCUGACAUGGAUUUUGCAAUACGCAAUUCACCAGGAUUUGGAAGAGCGUGAGAGGUAAUAUUUUCAAGGCAUGUAGAGCUUGAGUUAUGUUAGAUUGUUUAUGCUAUUGCUGUUAUUUCACUAUGUUAUUCAUUGAUACCAACAUUCUGUAUUUACUGUAACAACAAAUGAAAAAACAAUAAAAGAAAUUGAAGUUCUUCAUUACAUUUUAAGAUGUAUUUCAAGCUAUAUGUUCCAGUCUUCUAACCUGAACAGCCAUGUUCCCCGGUUUCAUUGUUAUGACAGAAUUGUUAUUUCUUUAUAGG